GCCACCCGCUCGCCAGCCACUCUCGACAAGCCAGAGGAAGACCCGCUCCUGAACGGCUAUCCCCAGCUGCCAAACGUCUCCCGUCAGAGUCUGCCCGCCACCGGAUGGUGGGACGUAGCGGCAAGGAGGAAUAUGGGUGAUACUCUGCACGAACAGGAGGAGCUGUACUCUAUGCAGGGCCCCGAUCUUCCACUCGUCCCUCCUCAGCAAGCCGCCCGACACUUUGCCGUCGCUUGCGGAGUCUUCUUCAGCAUCGCCAUGCUCUGCAAGUACGGCCUCACCCCAGAACGGCCGUCUGUCCCGAGGGAAUAUCCGUAUGAGGGCUUGGUGAAGGAGCUUGGUGGUUUGGAGGCGAACAAG